AUAGGGAAAGAGGAGGAAGAGAAGGAGGGAAUUUAUGACGUUUUUUAAAAUCGUAAAAGUUUUGUCGAGUCUGAGAGUAUGUUGUUGGUUUUUUUAUAUCGAGUUCCAUUCACUAGCCGACCACUGUCGAGGUCGUGCCAAGUAUCACCAAGUUGAUGUGUAACCUCGUGUACAAUUUUCAUUUAAUUUUCAUCCCUAAUUAAUCCACCCCUUCUCCACUAACCAUUCAAAAAGAAAAACAAAAAUUAUUCAUAUUUAAAACAAUAGUUUUUCAUUUUUCUUGUGCUAAUCAAAUUUAUAUUUAUUCCGGAAUUAUAAUUCAAAAAAUAGUGUAAACAAUAACAGGUGUUUUUACGACAUAAUUAAUUGAAAAAAAAAAAUAAAUAAAAAAUUAUUUUUUUAUCAUUAAUUUUAAACAAGUUAUACAGUGUUAUUAGUUUUAAUAUUAUUUUUGGAAAAAUGACUGUUGCUGGAAAGAGAUAUGUUGAUUGCACAAUUUUUGAAGGUGGAAGUAUUAUGAGUACUGAGGCAGCUGAAGAUUCAUCAUAUGACAGUGAUUAUGAUGCUGAAGAAUCAUCAAGUUCAACAGCAAUAAAUUCACUUGUAGAUAAAAAAAUAUCUUCAUCAAAUCAUUCUGAUGUUUCAAGAACAACAUCUGACACAUUGGCAGCUGAAUUUGCAGAAUAUGUCACGAUACAAUCAAAGUCAUCAUCAUUACAAAGUCCAGAAUACAUAGCAAAAGUUGAAUUUGCAUUGAAAUUGGGAUACACAGAGCGUCUUGUUCAAAUAGCACUUGAAAAACUAGGUCCAAAUCCAGAACAAAAUGAACUUUUGGCUGAGUUAAUACGCCUCGGAGCAAGUUCAUCAUCAUCCCUACUAAAUUAUGAUGAUGACUACGAGUACAAAAAUAACAAUGAAAUAUUAAAUGAUAGUUUUGAUAAAACAGUUGGUUCAUCAUGUUCAAGCUAUGGCCUACGACCAGUUGUCAUUGAUGGUAGUAAUGUUGCGAUGAGCCAUGGUAAUAAAGAAAUAUUUUCAUGUCGUGGUAUUAAAAUAUGUGUUGAUUGGUUUCGUUCACGUGGUCACAAUGAAAUAACAGUAUUUGUACCAAAAUGGAGAAAGGAAACAUCACGACCCGACAAUCCAAUUGCCGAACAAGAUAUACUUGUUGAACUUGAACGUGAUAGACUACUUGUAUUUACACCAUCAAGACUUGUUGGUGGUAAAAGAAUGGUUUGUUAUGAUGACAGAUAUAUACUACGUCUUGCUGCUGAAUUAAAUGGAAUUGUUGUUAGUAAUGAUAACUAUCGUGAUUUGGCACAAGAAAAUCCAGAAUUUCGUCGUGUUGUUGAAGAAAGAAUACUCAUGUAUAGUUUUGUCAAUGAUAGAUUUAUGCCACCAGAUGAUCCAUUGGGUAGAAGUGGUCCUACACUUGAUAAUUUUUUACGUAUUGGUAGUAAUUUUAAAAAGGCUGAAUUUUCAUCACCUUGUCCAUAUGCUAAAAAAUGUACAUACGGUAACAAGUGUAAAUUUUUACAUCCUGAAAGAGGAUUAUAUCACACACAAAAAACAGUUACUGAAAAAUUAUUUGAACAUGCCCAGAGACAUUUACAAGCAAGAGGUACGAGUUUUAGUUUACCACCAGGUUUAAAUAACACACAUAAACCAUUGUCAAGAACAAAAUCAUCAGCACAUUCAUCAGGGGCAAAUAAAUCUGUAACUGUUCCAAAAAGUAAAUCUGUUGAAAAUGUUACUGAUGGAAUAGCAUGUCCAAUUAUUUAUCAACCAAUUUCACAAGUACAAAAUCAACAAGGUCCAGUUGGAUGGCAAGCUUCAAGAGUCACUAGCCUUGAUCAAGAACCAGCAAAUAUGCAUAGAAAAUUGCAAAGACAAUUGACAUUAAAUCCAGCUUGUGAUCCAAGGCUGUAUCAAUUGAGAAGGUUUCAUCAGCAGCAUCAAAAUGUCAUGAAUUCUCCAUUGAACAAUCUUCAACAUCGACCACUCACUCGACACACUAGCAAUGAAACGUAUCCAGCACAAUUAACUUGGGAAACAUCUGGACAUCAUAAUCAUCAGCAUGUUACAAGAAUUGCAUCAGCUCCAGAUUCAUAUCGUGCUUGGCCACCACAAACAACAAAUCAAACAAUUUCAAGACUGGGAACAUCAGAUCCACAAUUAAAUAUAUUGCAACCAUCAUCAACAUCAUCAACAACAACAACCACAACAACAACAACAACAACGACAAUUGUAAAUAAUCAUCAUGCCAACUGGAAUAUAUCACAAACACAUGAUGCACGUCGACGUAUUCAUUAUCAUCUUGCAAAUAUAUUUCCUGAGGAACAAGUUCAAACAGUCAUGGCACUUAAUCCACAUGAAACUGAUCCAAAAAAAAUAUGUGCUUUGAUUUUAACAAUGUUUCCUAAACUAUAAUAAAUUUAUUUUAUUUUUUUUUUUUUUAUCAGCAACGAGAAAUACCUCUCUAUGAGUUUAAAUAUUAUAAUUUGACCAAAUUAAAAUGUGAACCAAUAGAAAUGCUCUCGAGAGCCAGGAUAAUAUUAUUUUUUAAUUUGAAUGAAUAUAUUUUUUUAUUUUAAAAUAAUUGAGGGAAGAUAACUA